GCGAAACGACAAAGGGAAGAGGAGACGUCGCUGGCGGCGGACAGAACUCGUUUCGGGGACGCAUGUUGUAAUAUGGUCGAAACAAAAGCGUGAGGAGCGAUAGGCCUGUCCUUCUCCUCUAAAGUAGACCGACAGCUACACGUAGUUAAGCGGCGUCGCUUCCCGCUGUAACUUUUCAGUGGAUUAAUAGGCUGCUCGCGGGGGAAAUGGAGAAGAAAAGGUGGGAUUGCACUGCUCUCCCCAAGGGCUGGAAAAUGGAAGAAGUGACCAGAAAGUCGGGUUUGUCCGCUGGAAAAAGCGAUGUCUAUUAUUUUAGUCCCUCCGGGAAGAAGUUUCGGAGCAAGCCUCAGCUGGCCCGUUACCUUGGCAACCAGAUGGACCUCAGCUCCUUCGACUUCCGCACGGGGAAGAUGCUCAUGAGCAAGCUGAACAAGAACCGCCAGAGGCUGCGAUACGACAACAACAACCAGAACAAGGGAAAACCUGACUUGAACACAUCACUGCCAGUCAGACAGACGGCCUCCAUCUUUAAGCAGCCUGUUACCAAGGUUACCAACCAUCCCAGCAACAAAGUGAAGACGGACCCUCAGAAAGCCGUGGACCAGCCCAGACAGCUUUUCUGGGAGAAGAAACUCGGAGGUCUAAAUGCUUAUGACAUUGCAGAGGAGCUGGUGAAAACAAUGGAACUGCCUAAAGGCCUGCAAGGUGUUGGUCCCGGCUGCUCAGAUAAGACUCUAUUGUCGGCCAUUGCGAGCGCGCUUCACACCAGCGCCGCUCCCAUCACCGGCCAGCUGUCUGCAGCUGUAGAGAAGAACCCGGGAGUGUGGCUCAACACGGCACAGCCGCUAUGCAAAGCUUUUAUUGUCACCGAUGAGGACAUCAGGAAACAGGAGGAGCUGGUGUACAGUGUGAGGAAAAGGCUGGAGGAGGCGCUGAUGGCUGAUAUGAUGGCCCACGUCGAGGAGUCUGCCAACCAGGGGGAGUCUCUGAAGGAUGAGGGCAACAGCAGCGAAGACAUGGAGAGCGCAUAGCACAGGGUUUUGUAAAGCCUGGUUCGGUUCAUUCAACGGCUUCACACACACACACACACACACGACUAUGAAGAGUAGGAGCCCUUCACCAGUCCAGCCAUGAAGACCCCUGCCCCAGUACCAACAUGAACCUGAUUCCCUCCAGAACAGCCUAAAGAACUGAGUCUCUAAUGCGCCCAUUCAGCAUUAACUCCUCUGGAUGGGAUUCGCUGACUCCAACGGCCAUUGAAAUAUACUCAAUGAUUCUCUUUUAAAUUGACUUCAACUGAACUGGCAAAUAUUCUUAAUAACUUAUCUACAGUGUCAAAUUCCAUUGUUGAUGAUCAUGUGCAUACUUCUUAGUAGAAGGCUUUGAGUGGGUUUGUAGUUUUUGCGACAAUCAGGUCAUUUCCAAACAUUUAACGUCAGCAAAGGGUUCAUUUGGGUGUUAAUGCUUCUUUUCUGGGCAGAUUUGAAAUGAAUGUUUUGUAUUCUUGGCUCGUCUCCCUCUUAAUUUCCAUGAUGCACUUCAUUCAUAGUUCGAUAAGACACACAGAGAGAGAGCCCUCUUUUCGAGGGUUUUGAGCUCACUUGAAUCAGCUUCAGGGCCAUACUGCAGAUGUACUUUGAAGCUUGUGUUCAUCCAUCAGAGGGGACAGAGUCAACUUUUAUAUUGUUACCUCAAAGAAAUAUCCUCCAUGUCACCUGUGUCACCCUGUGAGUCACGUUCAGUACCGACCAAAGAGGAAGCUCGUCAUAUUUGAGAAGCGUUGAGGUCAUUGACUUUUGUCUGUAUUUGAAAACAUGAUGAGCACAAUAGUGAAGAAAUGACUUGAAACCUCUUUCUGUAGUACAGCUGUUACUGUUUUUAACUCUUAUCAUCAUAUAUAAAUAUAUAUUUACGUAGGUGCUGAGUGAUGUUGGUAAACAUUGCUGUUAGGUGCCAAGGCUUUGUUUCUGUGUGUCAACAUUACCACACACACGUGCUGCCUCCUCGCAAAACACAUGCGCAAAUUUGGUGACAGCAAAUGACAGAUUAUAGUUUUAAUGUCUUUUCAUUUAUUAUCAGAGUAAUAAUAGUUUAUUUUAUUCUGUCUCCCUGUAUGUCAAAGCUUGAUGGUGAAUAAUUUGAUUCACAUUAUUAAAAAUUCCCUUUUCGAUAUCAGCAGGCUGAUUGCUGAAAUGAAUUUGAUUGUAUUACUUAUUAAAAUGAGUCAGUAUGUCGGUAAA